AUGGGUCCUAGUCUUUGUAAUUUGGUGAUAGAUGUCUUUAAUGGGGGCAGUAUUGAUCUAGAAAUAAACUGUACUAAUACUUUCUUAAUCCCGAAGAUGGAUGCACCUGAGUCUUCAAAUCACUUCAGACCUAUCAUCUUAUGCAAUGUUACAUAUAAGCUUAUUACUAAAGUGAUUGCUAAUCAUUUGAAGAUUAUCAUGAGCAAAGUGAUUAGUCCGAUGCAGUCUAGCAUUGUUAAAGGUAGGCAUAUUAUGAAUAAUAUUAUCAUUGUUAAGGAAAUUCUUCAUUUAACGAAUAAAAUGACUAGUAAAACUGGUUAUAUGGUUAUUAAAGUGGACUUGGAAAAGGCUUAUGAUAAGCUUAAUUGGAGUUUUAUUCUUGACACCUUAAUGGACCGUAGUAUUCCUAGUGGGCUUAUAAAUGUUAUUAUGAAUUAUAUCACUAGUGCUUCUAUGCAGAUCUCUUGA